AUGCUUAUGGAGGUAAUUGAAGAUUCAGAAGUGGAGGGAAAGACUCUCCAGUCAGUGACUCAGAUACUUUUAAGUUUUAUCAAAGGAAUAAAAAUACAACCCUUUCAUUUUAUUAAGGAUCCAAGGAAUUUAGCAUUAGAAAGACAUCAACUCACUGAAGUAGGUCUUUUAGAUAACCCUGAACUUUGUGUGGUCCUUGUCUUCGGCUAUAAUUGCUGUAAGGUGGGAGCCAAUAAUUUUCUGCAGCAAGUAGUCAGCGCUUUCAGUGAUAUGAAUAUCGUCUUGGCUGGAGGCCAGGUGGACAACCUGUCAUCACUGACUUCUGAAAAGAAGCCUCUGGAUAUUAAUGCCACUGGUGUGGUUGGACUGUCAUUUAGUGGACACCGAAUCCAGAGUGCCACCGUGCUCCUCAGCGAGGACGUCAAUGACGAGAAGACGGCUGAGGCUGCGGUGCAGCGCCUCAAAGCGGCCAACAUUCCGGAGCAGAACACCGUCGGCUUCAUGUUUGCGUGUGUUGGCAGGGGCUUUCAGUAUUACAGAGCCAAGGCGAAUGUUGAGACGGAUGCAUUUAGAAAGUAUUUUCCAAGUGUGCCCUUAUUCGGCUUCUUUGGAAAUGGAGAAAUUGGAUGUGAUCGGAUAGUCACUGGGAACUUUAUAUUGAGGAAAUGUAAUGAGGUAAAAGAUGAUGAUCUGUUUCAUAGCUAUACAACCAUAAUGGCACUCAUACAUCUGGGGUCAUCUAAAUAAAGCCAACUUUAAAGUGGC